AUGAAUGGAAUAAAUGACAUACUUACUAAUGAAUCUAUUUAUAAUAAAAUAUUAGAAAAAGAAAAGGAUUGCUUUCAAGAAAUAUUACUAAAUGAAAUAUGGGAUAUAUAUGAAAAUAAAUUAAAUGAAAAUGAAUUGAAUAAUUAUGAUACAAAUAAAAAUGUAAUUGAUAUUAAUAAUUUUAUUUUUUCAAAUCCUCAUAAUAAUAUUUUCAAAAAUUAUGAAGAUUUAGAAGAUUACAACAGUACUAAUAGUUUAUUAAAUGAUAAUGAAAUUACAAAAAUAAAUAAUAAAAUUGAAAAUAAUAGUAAUUUUAUUAGUGGUAUUAAGAGUUUAGAUAUUAAAAAUUUUAUGAAUUUUAAUCCACUGUUUAUUAAAAUAUAUCAUGAAAAAAAUAAUAAUGAGAAUAAAAGCAAAUAUAACAUCCAGAAUGAUUCAACUAAUAUAAAAAAAUUUGAAAGUGAUCAUGAAGAAGGAAAACAAAAUGAAAACAAAUCAAAAAGCAAAAUAGAUUCUGAUGAAGAUAAGAAAGGAAGAAGUUAUUUUUUUUCUGAAGAUAGUGAUGAUGCUAUUUAUACUCCCAAAGCUUUGAAAUUAAAAAAAAAAAAAAAAAAUUAUUUAUCAGAUGAAGAUAGUGAUAUUCAAAAGAGUUCAAAAAAAAAAGAUACUUUUUCAAAUGCUUAUGAAGUAUUGGUGAAAAGAAAAAAUGAAAAGAACGAGGAAGCAAUUCAAGCAUUUAAUUAUAUUAAUGAAAAAAAAAGAAAUAGAAAUGUGUUGAAAAAUAAUAAUAAUAAAAAUGGAAUAAAGGAUGAAAAAAAAAAAAGUUCAAAAAAAAAUAAUGAUGAUUCAAAUGAUGGAUAUGAUGAAAUACCAGAAAAAUAUUGGCCUUUAAUUGAUCAAGGAGUGGAAGUAAAUAUAAUAAGAUAUGCAUUAAGUAUGAAAAUGAGUUCUAAUGAACAAGUUAAAGAAUCGGAUAUCAUUGGCUUAUAUGACAUUAAAAAAAUUAUAAAAGAUAAAAUUGUUAAUGCAAUUUUAAGACCUGAUUUAUUUACGGGUUUAAAUAGAGCUGCAAAAGGAAUAUUAUUAUUUGGUCCUCCAGGUACUGGAAAAACUAUGAUAGCAAAAUGGGUUGCAUCUUUUUGUAAAUGUUCUUUUUAUAAUGUCAAUACCUCUUCAUUAUUUAGUAAAUAUAUUGGAGAAACUGAAAAAAUUGUUACAAGUUUAUUUAAAUGUGCAGAAUUAGAUAAUCCUUCUAUUUUAUUUUUCGAUGAAAUUGAUUCUUUGUUAGGUGCAAGGAAAAAAGAUGAAGAUGAUACAACAAUACGAAUUAAAAAUCAAUUAUUACAAAUGAUUGACGGAAUAAAUACUAAAAAAGAUAUUAUUAUUGUUAUCAUUGGUGCAACUAAUAGACCUGAUAUGAUAGAUGAUGCUGCUUUGAGACGUUUCAAUAAAAGAGUAUAUAUUCCCUUACCAGACUUUCAAGCGAGAAAGGAACAGAUUCGUUAUAUUAUCUCAAAACAUACACAUUCUGGAUUUAAAAUGACAGAAAAUGAAUUAGAUACCAUAUCAGUUAAAUUAGAACAUUGGAAUGGUAGUGAUAUUUAUCAUCUUUGUUCAAAAUGUUAUGAAUAUGUAUAUGAUGAUGCAAUUGAACAAUAUAAUGGAAUACAAAAUAUACCUAGUACUUCAAGUUUUCGUGCUAUUAAAUAUGAUGAUUUUAUUAAAGCUAUGACUCAAGUUAAUACAUCUUAUAAAAAUGUUUUUGAUUAUGAUGAAUGGAGUAAAAUGCAUAGUUCAUUGUAG